CCCUAAACGUCUACUUGGAGAACCAUUGCUCUACAUUGUAUGUAUCAUUUUCUUGCUGCUGAUAAGGAAAAGACAGAACAAAGGCAUUUGGGGAAGAGUAAUAUACAUUUAGGAGUGAGCUUGGAAGAACUGGGCUUUGAGAUGCCUCAGCCAAAUGUCAGCGGAAUGGAGCCUCCAUUUGGGGAUGCUUUUCGGAGCCCAGCCUUUGCUGAGCAGACAUUAAUGAGCACAGACCUUCUAGCAAGCAGCUCAGAUCCAGACUUUAUGUAUGAAUUGGACAGAGAGCUGGGAUACCAACAAAGCCCAACGGAUAAUUUUAUGUUGUUGGAGGACUGCAAAGAUUUGGAAACAUUUGACUCAUUUGCUGGCUUCCUGGGUAACAGUCCACCUUUAACAUCUCACUGGGAGCAGUGGGACACGUACUGUGAGGAUUUGACCAAGUACACAAAGCUCACUAGUUGUGAUAUAUGGGGAACGAAAGAGGUGGAUUACCUUGGUCUUGAUGACUUUUCCAGUCCCUAUCAGGAUGAAGAGGUAAUCAGCAAAACCCCUACUCUUGCUCAGCUAAACAGUGAGGACUCUCAGUCAGUCGUAGACUCUCUUUGCUACACUGAAAGCUUCCUUGGAGGUAAAGCCACACUUUUUACAGGAAAGAAGGUGGCACCAGGAAGGGUGGCUGCUCCAGUUUGUUCAUCCAAGACUGCCCUUGUCGAAGUGCCAUCAUCUGAAUGCUCCCAAAAAGCUGCCAAGGCAGCAGCAAGUAUCCAGAUGGUAGCAAAGACUAAUAUUUCUUGUGAUGAGAAAAUUAAUAUCCAUGUGGAGUGCAAAGACUAUGUAAAAAAGGCUAAGGUAAAGAUCAGUACGGCACUUCCAAGCCGACCAACAAGCACUGUGGUUGCCAUAGAUGCAGCCAAGGAAAAUACUUGUUUUUGUGGCGCUGUAGCCAAAAAGCAGGAAAGGACAAUUGGGGAGCCCUCCAUAGGCCGAAUUAGCUGUGCCAUUUUGCCUUUCAGAGAGACUCAAAAGCUUUUCUGCCCGCCGCAGAAUGUGGCCACAAUUGAUGUUGUGGAGGCUAGUGUUACUGUGUCGGCUUCUGUUUCUGAUCCCUCACAAAAGAAAGAGGAGCACAACUAUUCACUAUUCAUCUCAGAGGGGCUUACUGAAUCGGUCAUCAAGGCUGAAAGCCAGCAGGAGAAUGAGGACGAGGAGGUUGAGUUGGAUGAAGAAGAACAUGAUGAAGGAUUUGGUAGUGAACAUGAGCUAUCUGAGAAUGAAGAAGAAGAAGAAGAGGAGGAGGAGGAGGAAGAAGAAGAGGAAGAAGAAGAGGAGGAAGAAGAAGAAGAGGAGGAGGACUAUGAAGAUGACAAAGAUGACAUCAGUGAUACCUUCUCAGAACCAGGUUAUGAAAAUGAUUCUGUUGAAGAUUUAAAAGGAUUAACUGCUGUGUCAACGCGGAAAAGGGGAAAGCGAAGGUACUUUUGGGAAUAUAGCGAGCAGUUAAUGCCUUCUCAACAGGAAGGGAUGCUGAGACCGUCUGAAUGGAACAGAGACACGCUUCCCAGUAAUAUGUACCAGAAGAAUGGCCUGCAUCAUGGCAAGUACACUGUGAAGAAGUCUCGCAGGACAGAUGUGGAAGACCUGACUCCGAAUCCAAGAAAACUUAUGCAGAUUGGCGGGGAGCUACGUAAACUGAACAAAGUAAUCGGUGACCUAACGCCUGUAUCAGAGCUUCCUGUUACUGCCAGGCCUCGAUCCCGUAAAGAGAAAAACAAGCUGGCAUCCAGAGCUUGCCGGCUAAAGAAGAAAGCACAGUAUGAAGCCAAUAAAGUGAAGCUGUGGGGACUCAAUACUGAAUAUGAUAAUUUGCUGUUUGUGAUCAAUUCAAUAAAACAAGAGAUAAUGACACGGAUACAGAUCCCAUGGGAGGAAUGGUCAUCAAGCAUGGAGCAGAAACUGGAUAUGCUUAUCAAAGAGACCCUGGGUUCCCCAGUGGCUGGCCAGACUUCCGAGUUUGUUAAUCAGGUUUUGGAGAAAACCUCUGAGGGAGAUCCCACCGGUGGCCUAGCAGGGUUACGUAUCCCGACUUCAAAGGCGUGACGGCCUCUAUCCGCAAUGAGUGCUGAUGUGUCAUCCUUGUCUU